AUGGCCGACGCCCCCAAGCCCGUCGUCGUCAACGCGCCCAAGCCCCAGCGACUCGAGAGCUCGGGGUCGGGCUCGUCUGGCGACUUCGAUCACGAUGGCCCUCUUGGCGCAGCCGACAUGAACCAUGGAGAGUUCAAUUUUGCGGCGCCCGUUCAGGCCGCCAACGGCGUCGUUGUCGACGACGAUAUCGCUCCCCUGCGCGAGCCCGCCUACAGCUGGAGCACCGCUGCCCCGCCCCCCUUGUCGUCGUCGCUAUCAUCGUCGUCGUCGUCGUCGCGCCCGCGUGGGCCCCAGAUCAUGACCGACGUCUCGCCAGCGCCCCAGCCCAACGGCACCAAUGGCCUCACCUCGUCCGCCCGAGGCCAGCGCCCGUCUGCCGUACGCACCCCCAGCAAUGCCUACGCCCCAGCCCGCCGCCCGCCCCAGUUCUCGCUCAACUCGACCACCUCCCAUCGCCAGCGCAACAACUCGGCCACGCGCUCGCGCCGCAACCCCAACGCCGAGUACCGCGCCCAGGAAAAGGCCUAUGUCCAGCGCAUCCGCCAAGAGGACCAGCAGGACGACUUCUUCGACCCCGCCCUGCGCACCCCCAGCCUGGGCUACAGCACAGACUCCGAGACCGACGACGACUCGCCCUCGACAGCCGACUAUGUCGAAAACGACCCCUACGACCAGGAGACCCUGCUGUACUAUGGCAACGACGACAUGCAGCCCUCGAUUGAGGAGCUCAAGAUACCCGCCAACCGCGAGCGCCUCGAGUGGCACUCGAUGCUGGCCAGUGUGCUGACGGGCGACGUCGUCAAGCAGGAGAAGAAGCGUCUGAUUGGCAGCUCCGAGCAGCAGGGAGACAGCACCAUGAAGGCCGAGGUCUGGAUGGGCAUACGCGCCAAAGUUUGCGGCCGCUCGCUGCAGGCCCAGCGCCGAAUUGUCGACGACACCCGCAGCAAGAUUCGUGCCAAUCUCGAGAGCAUCGUAUCGUUUGAGGUUGGUGGAGAGGCAGAGGCCGGCCAGACGGCUGCCCAGCAGGUCGAGGACAUUGUCAAGAAGAUUGAAAAGGUGGAGAGUGCCUAUCCGACACGCCAGGCUCUUGAGGCUGCGUACCCCCGGGCAGCAUCGCAGCACUACAAGGAUGCCUGCGACGCCAUUAUAUCCUGGCACAACACCAUUGCUCUCAUCAAUACUGAAAUGUCUAUUUUGAAGAAAUGGGUAGGCAAUGAGGAGCUCGAUUUCACCAAGCCCCGCCCGCGCUCUUCCCAAGAUCACCAUCUGACCGACGAGUCUUCGUUUAUCGACCGGAUACUCAAGGAAGACGGUCUCAAGUCCCUGCAGGGAGACACCAACCUGCUCGCACCCUUGGAAAAGGUCAUCCAAAAGGCCAAGACCACGCUCAUUGCAAACGCAGAGGGCUUCGCUGACAGGCACCUCCCACCCUACAUUGAGGAGUUGCUUACCCUAAUCAACUUUCCCUCGCGUCUUCUACAGGAGAUUAUCCGCGUCCGCCUCUCCUACGCCAAAAAGAUCAAAGAUCCAUCGCAGCAAGGCGUCAUGAUGGCCGAGCAAAUGAUUGCCCAGUUCCGCAUCCUGCUGGCCAUGGCGGGUCAGGUCAAAGAAAGCUAUAUGAUAAUUUCGCGACCAGAGCCCGGCUGGGACCUACCUCCCUGCAUUGAGGAGAAUUUUGACCUUGUCGUACUUGACGCCCUCAAGUUUUACUUCAAGAUGCUGAAUUGGAAACUGGCAGCCAACAAGAACACAUUCAAAGAGGCUGAAAUCCUGGAGCAGGAGUGGGACUUUUGCAACAAGCUCGGCCGGCAGCUUCAAGGCGGCGAUGUCGUGACUGCAGAGCAGUUCAGUGUGCUCACCUCCAAGUCGCUGACCCGUCUCAGUGCGCACUUUGAGCGUGAGCUGCAGCGUCGGCCGGAUGAGCUCACUGGAUCGGAGAUGGAAAAGCGCUACAAGCAAAUUUUGGAUUCCGUGCGUGUACGACAGCGUAAGCUCUACCGUUUUUCGAGAAUUCUGACGCAGCGUUUUGAAAACUGUACCGAGUAUAGUAUCAAUCACAUUGACCUGGACGAGGAGCAGCUCCACGAGCUGUACGAGGCACUAGUCAUGACUGGGCACUUUCUCGUCGAGACAGCUAGUACCAACAAUUCGGGCGUCUAUAUUGUUGCGUCGUCCACUGCACUUGACCGCCCCAACGAUAUUCAGUCACUUCUCACAACCUGUUACCAUGCAGAAGAGGCUCCUGAAGAUCCUUCCAACCCCUAUGUUCUCAUCAUCAAACCAGAACAGCCCCUCUACUGGUCGGGUAAGAGAAUGUCAGCCAACAUUGUUGAGCCCCAUUUGGAUCUCAAGGCUGGCCGGUUGCGUCUGGUCGCUGAUGGUUCUCAGCAACGGCUGGCCAACGCAAACAUGUCGUUUUUGUCCUCCAUCGGCAUCGAACUCAACAUGUUGAUUGAUCAGCGAGCCAAUCUUCCACGUGUCAAUGCUGAAUUGCUCAAAAUCAAGCAUACAGCAUAUAGUUUGUCAAACACUAUCAUGGACAGCGUCGAGAUUGUCCGCAAGCAGACUGUCGGCCUUGACUGCCAGGACCUCAUCCAAACCUGCUUCGCCUUUGCAACAGAAUUUGGUCAGCGUUCGGUGCUCUACUUAGACUACAACCGACGAGCAAUGAACAACAUCAAGCUUACAAGGUUAGCACUCGACUGGGUUAGCUUCAUCUGCGAUGACUGUAUUGCGUCUGAUCGCAAGACCUUCCGCUGGGCUGUCGUCGCUUUGGAAUUCGCCAUGAUGAUGACCCGCGGUCAGAACAUUCUGUCCAUCAGCGAUGAGGAGUACUCGCAGUUGCGGCUCAAGGUUGCGGGCUGCAUGUCAGUGCUCAUUUCCCACUUUGACAUUAUGGGCGCCCGAUCGACCAUUGCCGCUCAAGCUGAGCGACAGCGAUUGAAUGCCAUUGCUGGAAAGAGCAUGCUGGACCCCAAGAAUACCAAAGAUGAUGACGAAUCCAUCAAAAUUACACAAGAGCAGUGGAUGCAGAGACUCGAGGAGAUUGACUCAUUCCGAAAGGAAAAGGAAGCUGAACGCCAGGCCCUAGGCAGAGUACUGGAGGAUUCUAACGAAGCCGACCGAGCUCUGACAUACCUCUCUUCAUCUGCCACCAACGUCACCCUACGAUGGCAGCAGGGACAGUUUGUUGGCGGUGGUACUUUUGGAUCAGUAUACGCAGCCAUGAACCUCGAUUCUAACCACCUCAUGGCCGUCAAGGAAAUCCGGCUUCAGGAUCCUCAGCUGAUCCCUACAAUCGUCGCCCAGAUCAGAGACGAGAUGGGCGUGCUACAAGUACUGGACCACCCCAACAUUGUGUCGUACUAUGGUAUCGAACCGCAUCGCGACAAGGUGUACAUUUUCAUGGAAUACUGCUCUGGUGGUUCUCUUGCUGGCCUGCUGGAGCAUGGACGCAUUGAAGAUGAAACUGUCAUCAUGGUCUACGCCCUGCAAAUGUUGGAGGGUCUGGCCUAUCUACAUGAUGCUGGUGUAGUACACCGUGACAUCAAGCCUGAGAACAUCCUGCUGGAUCACAAUGGUGUAAUCAAGUUUGUCGACUUUGGUGCUGCAAAGCUCAUUGCUCGCCAAGGUCGAACGCUCGCCGCAGAACACAACGCCACGCGUCAAGGCCGUCAACGCUCCAUGACCGGAACACCCAUGUACAUGUCUCCUGAAGUUAUUCGCGGCGGAAGCACUGGCCGUCACGGCGCCGUUGACAUCUGGUCACUCGGCUGCGUGAUUCUGGAAAUGGCCACUGGCCGGCGUCCCUGGGCAUCUAUGGAUAACGAAUGGGCCAUCAUGUACCACAUUGCCCAAGGCGAUCCACCACAACUACCGUCCAAGGAUCAACUAAGUGAGCAGGGCAUUGACUUUUUGAAGAAAUGCUUUGACCGCGAUCCGAACAAACGAGCCAGCGCAGUCGAGUUGCUACAACACGAAUGGAUCAUGACACUUCGCGCUCAGCUCAGCCUAGAGCCAGCGACGCCAAGUGAUAGCAAUUCAAGCAGUGGAACACCACAUAGUAGUAGGCAUAACUCCACCUACAACUAA